AUGAUUGCAAAGUUUUUGAUUCUCUUCCUUGGCGUUCUCUGCGUUGAGGCCUUGCCUGCAAACGUCGGACAGUUGACGAGAAGGCAAGCGGGUCCAGCAAGAGCUUUUCUAUUGCAUCAGAAGCAUCAGAAGCAUCAGAAGCAAUGUUGUUCUGUUGUCGGUGCCCUGCGCUUGCGAGGAGGCGUGAGGGAAGUGGGGAGGUCGGACAUCCCGCUGGUCUUCAAGUUCUUCGUCUACCUCUGCGGAACGGCAUGGGCGUACGGAUGCUUCGAAGGGCUCCUCGUCGUGUUCAACGUUGCCAGACAGCCAGGAGGCCUCGGGUUCCUCGAGGAAAGAAGCAGCCAUGGCCUGUUAGGAAUCAUGGCUUUCGUCGCUUUCUCCUUCACUCUGUUUGUGAUGCAGAUCAUGAAGUUGUACUACGUGCUGAUGGCAGCUUCACUGAGCUCGAUCAGAAGGACGCUGCUGUUUCAAUCGCUCUUCGAUGCGCUCUUCGUCUACCUCUGUACCCGCUCCAAGCCGAGCUACUUCCACCUGUCCUGGAGGGACUCCAUCAUCGCGCUGGAGGCCGUGACCAUGUUCUGGCUCCUCGUCUCCAACUGGCUGCAGAGGCCAUGGAGGGGCGCGGGGCAUCGGCUACAGGAGCGAAGGGAAGAAGACGGCAAGAGCGCAAGAAGAUGA